GCAACAGUAGCAGCAGGAGCAACAGCAGUAACAGCAGCAGCAGCAGCAUCAUUAUCAGGAGCAACAGCAUCCGCAGCAGCAGUAGCAGCAGCAACAACAGCAGUAGCAGGAUCAUCAGGAGCAGCAUCAGCAGGAGAUGCAGCAGGAGGAGCAGGUGGAGGAGGUGCAUGAGGAGGCGAUGGGAGUCUCUGGCUGCCCCGUGCUGCCCCGUGAACAGUGCGGCUACUGGAGCUGCUACUGCGAGGAAAACGUCUGGAAGUUGAUCGAGCACGUCCGUGGGCGGGGGCGGACGUUGCAGGGACUCUACGCCGUCUUCAUAUCCAACGACGCGAGAACGGUGCCCUUGUGGAGACAGAGGUGCAAGCAAGGCACAGACGAACCUGUGCUCUGGGACUACCACGUGCUGCUACUGCUGCAGCACGCCGGAGAUGGCAGCAACAGCAGCAACAGCAGCAGCAGCAACAACAGCAGCAGCAGCAACAACAGCAACAGCAGCAGCAACAGCAACAACAGCAGCAACAGCAGCAACAGCAGCAGCAGCAACAGCAGCAGCAGCAGCUUGGUGUACGACCUGGACACCACGCUGCCGUUCCCCUGCACCCUCGACUCCUACGCCGCACACGCCCUGCGCUCGGACCGCGACCUCAAACGUCGCUACCGGAGGAGGCUGCGGGUGGUCCCUGCCGACACGUUUGUGAGGACGUUCGCGUCGGACCGCUCACACAUGCGUGACGCGCUGGGCCAGUGGAGGGCACCACCUCCACCACACCCGUGCAUCCACACCGAAGGCUGCGUCAUGAACCUGGACGACUUCGUGAGCAUGGACCCGUCCGUCGGCUACGGGGAAGUGCUCACCCUGGAGGACUUCGUGGAGAGGUUUCGGAAGCCGGCGCCGUCACCACCGCCGAGUUCGGAGCCUCGUUAACGGGGCUCGAAACGGUCGCGGCGUCGAGACGAAUCCGCCGGUCGCUCCCCGACGGUGCACGGCAAAGGGCAAGAUCGCCCCCCCCCGACCACGGCUACCGACCUCCUGUACACCAGGCGAGGUAGUUAACAUCUCCUAGCCACCGUGAUGAUGAUGAGAGAGACACGCAAACUCCAGAUAUACAGCAGCAGGCGUCGUCAGGGUCGGGAUCGAACCCACGACCUCCUGUACACCAGGCGAGGUAGUCAACAUCUCGGCAGCGCUUGCCGCACGGAACCAGCGGAGACGCUCCGAGUUCGGUUCCCCGCUCACGGCCACCAACGACCCACGGCGGAUAAUUCUAACCGGUCCCGGGGCCUCCCCCUAGGUCGACUCGGCCUCAAACGAGUCCUGCCCUGGCACGGCGGUGGAGUGUGUGGUGAGCAUCGCCACCGGGGAGACAUGGUGAGGGGCCUUCAUAGGCGCUGCUACUCGCCGCUAGCAGCACUUGGCCCAAGUCUGUUGAAGGCUACACGGGGGAUAUUUGCGUUUUGUGUGUGAGAGAAUGUACACACGACGGAAUUCUCAAAUACUUAUUUCCCUCAUUAAAAUGCAAAUCAAUUUAUAACAUUUUUGACAUGCGUUUUUCUGUAUUUUGUUGUUAUUCUGUCUCUCACUGUUCAAAUAAACCCACCAUUAAAAUUA